UUUUCGCCCUUUAAAUUUAUUUACCCUAAAAAAUGUAAAUAAAAACAAACAACAUAACCUCACUUUGUAAAAGUAAACUAACCUCAAUUUGUGCUAAAAGUUUUUAGACCGCAAAUCCAAUUGGAGAAUCUUCCAGAACGUGCAGGUUGAGAAUAACAAUAAAUAGGAAGGAAACAAAACCACAGAUCAUUUCCAAGCGGAUAAGUGAACAAACCCCAAGUGCGAGUGCCCAAAGAUGACUGAUCCAGUGAUUGAGGAGACAGAAAUCGAUAUUUCCGGCGAUGGAGGUGUUAAGAAGAAAAUCCUGAAGGAGGGUGAAGGUGAGGAAUUCCCAUCGAAGGGAUGCCGGGUAUCGCUGCACUACACCGGAACCCUCCUGGAUGGAACGCAAUUCGACUCGAGUGUGGAGAGGAAUGUGCCUUUCGAAUUUGAACUUGGACGCGAGAGUGUAAUCAAGGCAUUCGAUAUGGGCGUCGCAACAAUGCGAAAGGGUGAAAAGUGCAUCCUCACGUGUGCCCCGGAGUACGCAUACGGUGCAGCAGGUAGUCGCCCCAACAUUCCACCCAAUGCCACCCUCAAAUUUGAGCUAGAGAUGCUAAGCUGGGAACUCGAGGAUCUCAGUCCGGAACGCAAUAAGGGUAUCCUCCGGUGCAUCCUCAAGGCAAGCGACAAGAAGCGUACUCCCAAUGAAUUUGCCCACGUGCACGUUCAUCUCAUUGGCAAACACGAGGGGCGGGUGUUUGAGGAGCGUGAAGUGAAAUUUAAUCUCGGCGAGGGGGCAACAGCAGACGUAGUGCCGGGAGUUGAAAUUGCUCUGGAAAAAUUCCAUCAAUACGAAACAUCUCGGCUCAUCCUAAAGCCAGAGUUUGCCUUUGGUGCUGAAGGAAAUGAAAAGCUUUGCAUUCCACCCAAUGCUACGGUGGAGUACACCGUGACACUACGUGAGUUUGAACGUGCCCAGGAUACGUGGAAGAUGGAUCCUGCUGAGAGUCUCGAGCAGGCACGAUUUUUCAAGGAAAAGGGUGCCAAGUACAUCAAGGAGGAGAAGUACCAAGUGGCCAUUAAGAUGUUCAAACUAAGCAAUGAUUGCCUUUCGAAUUGCAACGAAGAUGCCGCCAAUACGCUUAAGACUGCCGUCUUUCUCAAUAAAGCUCUCUGCUACCAGAAGCUCGGGGAACCCUAUGAGGUCAAGCAGGCCUGUGACACAGUCCUGGAGAUUGAUAGCAAAUCCGUAAAGGCGUACUAUCGCAGAGGAUUGGCGCAUGUGGCCCUUGGGUACUUAGAGAAGGCUCUGGAGGACUUUAAAGAGGUGCAGCAGCUGGAGCCAACGAAUAAAGCAGCUCAGAAUCAAAUUGUUCUGCUGAAGCAAAAGCUAAAGGAGGCCACUGAGAAGGAGAGGAAGAUCUAUGCAAAUAUGUUUGCUAAAUUUGCCGAUGCUGACAAACAGUAAACUGUGUGUUCUACCCAAAAACAACCUCCUCAAACUGCAACAAAAUUCAAAAAAAAAAUUAACAAACAUCUCAGCGGGAAGAGACGGAACGGAACCAGCAGGGCACGGACGUACUGUCAUCGUGUGGCGAAUGGAAUGCUCCAGAGGACACCAUGCGGAAUGUUCAUCCCAAUAUUGUGAUGCUGGACAAUGUGGAUGAUCCCUAAAAAAAUUCCAUCCGGAGGCAACAAGUAGAUUUAGAGAACAAAGAAGAAAUGAAAAAACAAAGCAAAUUAUCUCCUUAAGAACGUAAAUUUUUAAUGUAAUUCGGGAAAGCCUCAAAUUCUCUUCAUUUCCGCUGUUCGAAGAAGUUUUUUUUUCUCUCUCCAAUCGUGCAUUUUUCUUCUUCAUCUCGUUUAUUAUUUUUUUUUACCUCGAAAUAAAUUGUAAUAAUGCAUAAAUUCCAUUUUUUUGUCUUUGAAUUGAACAAAAAAAAUAUGUAGUUUUUUUCAAAAAUAUAUAGAUUUAAAUUAAUUUUUCAUUCUAUGUAUUGAAUAAAAGAGAAUCGCAGUGUAUAAA